AUGACUAAUUAACCAACUGUUUAUGAAUAAUAGCUAAUCAGAGAUUAAGGAGAAGAUUUUAGAAAUAGAAUCAAAACAGCCAUUAAACAAUUUGAAUCUAUUGCCAAUUUUCUCAAAUUAUCUCUGAGAAAUAUUAUCAAAGAAAUGGUUAAAGAAUUGUUGUCAGUUGAAGAAGAGGAAACUCUUGUUAAUACUUUUUAUUUUGUAAAAUAUUGGAAUUCAUUCAUAGAAAUAUUUCACCAGAUAUGAAGAUUAACAUUUUAGAUUUAUGAUGCAAAGUUUAAACUUUAUUUUUGAUUAAGAGACACAUUUUAACUUUAAUGAUGAUCUCAAUUAUAAAUAUAUUGCAAUUAUUUAUACAGAACAAAUUAGAAAUUACCUUAAGGAAUAGAAAGAUAAUGGAUUAAAAAGGUUAUGGAACAAAUUAAAUUUGUUAAAAAAAUAAAAAGAAACUGAUGAAAUAGAAGAAGGAUUUUGGGAUGGAUUAGACACAGAAAAUUAUAGUUUAUAAUCCAAAAAUAAAAAUAUUGGAAAAGAUGUAAAUGAAGAAUUUCUAUAUCUAGAGACCUUCUGAAAAUGAAAAUGAAUUUUGUCAUACUAGAAAAGAGAUGCAAUUGAAGGAUCUAUUAAUUUAAUCUUUAUAAACUAGACUAUUCCAAAGAGAAUAAAAUCUUGUUUAAACUACACAAGGUUAUUUAAAAGAAUUAUAAUCUUUAAGAGAAUAAUUAUUUCGAAGAGACUUUGCUUUAAUUAGUCCAGAUGAUCCUUUUGAAGUUUCUUUUUUCGAUUUUACUGAAGUUCUUGAUCCAAACAUUUAAAAUUUAUUCACUGCUCACAUAACUGAUCUUAAAUUUUAAUUUAAUAAUAGAAUCAUCGAUUAUAUCAAAUUAAUGUAAAAUUAAUAUUCAUUUUUAGAUAGGCUUAAAGAGAUGAAAUCAAAAAUUAUAAAAUUCAAGUUUAAAGAUUGAAUUAACAAUUAAACAAUGUUGAUAACCCAUCUGAACUUUUUAAAAGAAUCUUCUUAAUAGAUAGUAAUCCAUACAGAAUUUGGAAAUACAUUGCAGAUUAAAAAGGAAAUAAUUUUUUCAAAGAAGUAUUUGAGUAAUAAAAAGCUGUUUAUGGUAUUAAUUAUCAGGAACUUAAUAAAUUACUAAUGACAAACAAAGCAUUUGAGAGAGAGUAUUAAACUUAUAAAGAAUAAAUUUUAUAAGAAUAAUUAGUAUUUUUUUAAAAAGCAUAGGAAGAAAUAGAAGAAAUUAAGAAAAAGUAUGUUAGAUUAGAAAAAGAGAAAUUAGAAAUUGAAAAUUAACGAGAACUUCAAUAAUAAAAAUAUCUUUAGUUAGCUAGUAAUUAUUAUGAUGAAAAGAUUAAAUUAGAAUUAGAAGUUCUAAAUGAUUACAAAAAUUAAGAAUUGUAAACAAUUGCUCAAUAAACUGCUUAAAUUGAUAAAAUAAAAAUUAAGUUUGCUUUUAAAUUGUGGGUAGCCAUUAGUAAAAUUCAUAAAAAUGAUGACAUAAUUAAAAUUUUAAAAGAAAAUUAAUAUUUUGAUGAUAAAUUAAUUAGUUAACAAAAAAAAUAUGAAGAAAUAACUUAAUAGUUAUUGGUAGAAAAAAAAACAAAUACCAAUCUAAUUGCUAAAUAUUCUCUAAUGGAGUUUGAUUUAGAAAAGUAAAAUAAAGAUUUAAUUCACUACAAAUGUAAUUUAAAUAAUAUCAUUUUAGAUUCUAUUGAUAAUCUCAAAUAAUAAAAUGAAGAAUUAUAGGAAUUGUUGCAACAGAAAGAAGUUUAAUAUAAAUUACUUUAUUCAUUUUCCUAAAAAAUUUUAAGAUUAAUUGAUUCAAGAUUAGCUAAUGUAAAUAUUGAAAAAUAUUUAGUUAAAACCUUAAGAUAUUAAUUUAGAUGAUAAAUCAAAGGAUGUGGUUAAAAGUAUUAUGAAUUCAAUUAAAUAAUUAAAUAUCAAAUCAUUAAGGUCUAUUGAAGAAAUAAGAUAACAAGGAUCAUUUAAUUUAGAUUCUUAUGUAUGAUAUUUAAUCUAUUAAAAGCAAACUCUUACAUAGAAAUUUAAAAUAAAUUAAGCUACAUAAACAGACGUAGAAAUUGUCUAAUAAACCCAAUCAAUAAAAACACUUGAAUCAUUUGAAGAAUUAAAGAAAAAGCCUUCCGCAAUAUAAAAAUCGCAUAAUAGUUAAAUAGAAGAAAUCACUUAAUAAUAAUAAUUUGAUGAGUCUUUUAUAAAAUAUAAUAAAUAAAACAAGCCUAAAUUAAUUGUAAAUUAGGUUUCUGAUAGUUAAGAUGAUAGUAAAUAAAAAUAAAAACUAUUUGAAGAAUAAUCAACUAAAUUAUCACCAUUAAAAGUAUUAUAAAACUUUGAUUAUAAAAAGGAAAUGCCUCAAAAUCAGUUAUCUCCUGAAAAAAAAACAAAAAAAUUUUAAGAGUAUUAAGAUUAUUAAUAAGAACAGGUUAUUUAACUUUUAGAAGUGAAUGAAUUAGUUGAACAUGAUUAAACUAAAUGUCAAAUUAAAAAUUAAGCAAAAGCAUAAAAAUAAAAUUCAUAAAAUAAAAAAUUAAAUUAAAUAAGAUAAAACUGUUUCACUAGUUUAUAACAGAAAAGAAAGGAUGAUUAAAAUUAAUCAAAUUUAAUAUAAUCAACAAGAAAUAGUAGAUCAUUUAGAGUUAGAGGUAACUCUUAGAAUAACAAUUCUGAAAUUCCAGUUGUUCAUUAAAAAUUAUAUGCUGAUAGCUAGGAAAAGGCUGAAAGAAUAAAAUGCUUAAAGAAUAAUCUUGAAAUUUUAGAAAAAAAUCAUUGGGACAAAAUUUUGGAUAUAUUUAGUUAAUAACCUUCAGGUAAUUAUAUUUUGAGUAAGUGCAUUCCUUCAAAAGUCAAAGAGGCUUAAUUUUAAGUUCUUGAAACAUCUAGCUAUUUCUCUUAAUAACACAAAAAAUACUACAAUUAAACUAAAAGUAAGACUCCAAGUAGGGAAAGAUAUUAAUCAUGGAUGAUGAAAUAAACUGGAAACAUAGAUAAGAUGUUUGAUACAUUAAAUUUUCUAUCAAAGUAGAAUUCAGAAAUAAAAAAUUAAUAAGACUCAAUUUUUAAUCAUUCAACUUUGUUACCUAAUAAUAUAUUUGAAGUUAAAAAAAAAAUUUGA